GUCACCUCAGUCAAUCGGAAGCCACGACGAUGAAUAGGUGCCUCUAGGAAGGAGGCACACCGCGAACUACUUUUGUACAGUGCUGAAAAGAUAUCAAGUCGCCAUGUCGUAAGUCGUAAGUGAUCCUAAGCCGCUCCAAACCCUGAAUCGCCAACCAACCGCCAAUAGAAGCGCCUUAUCAGACGAACGACGACCGCUGCCCGUGUGAUAAGAAACAGUUCUAUUCGAUUGAUACUCUCCAGUCUCCACUCGUCGUCGCGUCGUCGUAUCGGAAGAGAUAUCGAUUUAUGGCAUUUCUCAUUGACCACAGUGCAAUCGCGCGCGCGGAGGGAUGAUAUGAAAUACGAUUACUGACUGAUAUAGACGAGAAGAACCCAACAACGAAUUGGAAUCAAACCGAAGAAAGGGGGUGUUGUGAAGUUACGGGGGAGGACACGGCGGUAGUGUUGGCCUUUCCGACAAGUGUACAUGAUCGACAGUGAACAACGGACAGUUAAUUGGAAAGGAAGUCGUACCGUGUGCCCCGAGUGAAUGUGAGAUAGUGCACAUCGUCGUCGUCACACCAUCAUGCAGCACCUGUCACUGCUGACGGCCGUCUGGAGCUAUGUUCCAGCCGGUCUUACGUUCGGCUACCUACUGAUGUUACCCCUUACCGGGCUUCCACCUUUUAUCGGGAUCUACGACGAAACCAUGUUCUGGCCGUUUAUCGUCGCCAUCAUCACGCUGCUCAUCUCGGUGGCGCUUACCAACGGCCUGAAGCUGAACUUCCGCAAGUGCCAGUUCGUGCAUUUGUACGUGGUGUUCGCAGGGGCGUUGCUCUUCCUGGCUUCGGGACUGCUGUUCCUGCUGGUUAAAAACGUCAUCCCCGGCAUCUACCUGGGCGCGUGCGGUCUCGGGAUGACGCUGAUCCCGGGUCUCAGCCUGUGCCACAUCCGUGCUCCCGGCCGAUGGCGAGCACUGUACAUGGGCUCGUGCUCGUUCUGGUUCCUGGCAGGCGUCGCGGCCACUUCCACCAUCUUCCUCAACGACUUUUCCGUUUCGGUGAAUUUCAGUGAAACGGUUCACACGAACUAUUCCAUUUGCAUGAUGACGGCAGCCGUUUUCACGAUCAUGCUGGUGGCGAUCAACGAGAUGCUCCAGCGGGAAGGCAUAGUGGAUUACAAGAAACCGCUGGAUUUCGAUACGGAUAUAGCCCACGAGAGUGGGAAGCUGAUGGGACGUACUGAGGGGAGGAAUUUGUAUAAUAACUUUACGACUAGUGCGGAGCCGACGAAUGGGGCCGGGGCCAAGCAGUGGAAUACGUCAACGGAGCACAUCAUUAUGGGCGGAAUGGGGAGUGGAAAGAAUUAUCACAAGUUGUGGAUGUUCUAUAUGAUCUUUACGAAACUGCAGGGAUUCAUUGCCUUCUAUUGGUUAUUCGUGUUUCACUCGGUGAUUUAUACUAUUCAGUUGUUCGGUCAAACGUAUGGCUAUUCCGUGUUCUGGUUUAUGGUGCUGGGCUCUUUGAUGGGUAUUAUCGCGAUGCAGCUGUUGAGUCCUAAGCUAGUCUAUGUUUUCUCAUCCAUGCUCCACACGGUCGGUUUGAUCUUGGCCAUAGCGUACUAUUCUACUGAUGCUGGAUCCAUUAGUAUGGGUAUUGCACUCUUGAUUUUCUACACCUUCAUUGGAGCAUCAUUGUCCAUACCAGCGAUCAAUAUUUUGGAACUCUCUCCACUGAAUUUCAAUGAAUCGUUCUUGGCAAUUGGAUCCAUCUUAGAACUGAUAGGAAUCGCUUUGAUGCAGUACUUCUCUGUGACAAAUUCUUCGGUCAUGCCUAAUUCGAUAGACAAUCACAAAGAAAUCGCUGCAGCACACUAUAUCUCGAUGAUCGUGCUUAGUGUGAUCCUACAGGUGAUCGUUCUUUGGCAUAUGCCGAACACCUACAAGAAAUCCCUUGUCGAGAUCAAGUCUGACUUGAGCAGAAUGACAUCGUACUUUGCGUUCAGCAAGAUGAUGGUCCCGGUAACUCAACACACAGCGACGGCGCGAACGUUCGCCGAAAGUGUGACCUCCGAACAUCCCGAACAGGAAGAAAAUCGUUUGAGCACCAGAAACGGCCAUCUGGCAACACGGUACAACGAGCGAAGUGAUGACAGCACUGGAAGGCAAAGUCCCUACAACGAUUUUUCCGAAACCAGAUACAAUCGACGAACCCUGGUUGAGCGAGCCCCAUCACCUGUGGCGGAACGAGACGAUCCCUACCUUCAAGAGCAACUCCAGCGGCAGCACGAGCGCAACUACAUCCAUUCACGGCAGCAACACUACCAAUACCAGCCACGUGACUCCCCGGAACCCCAGCAGUACAACUACCGCCCCGAAAGGCAACCCGAUUACCGUCAAUCCCGGUACGUCCCCGAACCAGAAGACUACCCGCAAGAUCGCAUUAGCGAAACUCCGCAACCCCGCUACAACCCACCCCUCCUCUCCCGUCACCAGUACUACGAAGAAUAUAGCCAGGAACGCCAGCAGAAACCCCCAACUCCACAACCCAAACCGCUUCCCGUCCGACAACCCUCCGUAACCCCAACCGACAGCCAAUCCCCGGCCCCGAGCCUGAUCCGACGUUCCGCAAACCCCUCGGCCACCGUCAAGUCCGAACCCGGUUACGUGUCCCGGCCGCGCCUUCUGGCCCAGAAAAGCGAAGCCCCAGCGCCGCCUCCGCUGCCACCCGCGGACUACCUCACCAAGUCCCUGCCGCGGAUCAAACCGGACCGGCAGCAGUCCCGGGAAAGCAUUCACCCGGUUCUGAUACCGAAACCGCCCAAAGAGGAGGAAGAGAUCGUUCCCGGAGUGGAGUACUCGCACAACCUGCGGCCGUCGGAGUUUCUCCGGCAGACGCGACAAUCGGAGAUGUACCGUAAGUCGCAGGUUCUGGCGACGUGAGACCAUUCUGACGAUAGAGUGCGUCGCGUGUGUUAGGGACUGUGUCGCUGGACGUUAGGGUAAGGCAGAUUUUUUUACGGAUAAUAAAAUUAUUAUGACAGUUGGUAACAGUGGGAUUUUUGUGGGAUCUAAAACUAUCCGCAAGAUGAUUAUUAAAAAAGUUUUACUGCUCUA